AUGGCUUUCAAGCCUGCUCUGGUUGUUGUUGACAUGCAGAAUGAUUUUUGCCCUCCUAAUGGCUCCCUAGCUGUCUCAGAAGGGCGGGACAUUGUUCCUCUUGUCAACAAGCUUCUUGCGUCUGGGCAAUUUGUCUUGAAGGUGGCUACUCAAGAUUUCCAUCCGAGAGACCAUGUCUCGUUCGCUAGCAAUCACCCACCUCCAAACAAUACGCCGUUCGAGUCUUUCAUUGACAUGCGGAAUCUCGUCGGGAACAAGCCAGAGCAGACCAUGAAGCAACGGUUGUGGCCUGUCCACUGUGUGCAAGACACCCCAGGUGCCGCACUUAUCGAUGAGCUUGCCUCGAACUACAUCGAUAUCACAGUGACAAAAGGUAUGGAUUCUAGGGUUGAGAUGUAUUCCGCCUUCUCCGAUUCCUUCGGCAACCUGACUGCUGGUGCGGGAGGUGUGAAUCUUGAUCUUGCCAACGAGUUGCGAGCGCGGGAGAUCUCGCAUGUUUAUGUUGUGGGAAUAGCGGGCGAUUAUUGCGUCAGAGAUACAGCAUUGGGCUCUGCUAAAGCGGGAUUCGCUACGUAUGUCAUUGAGGAGGGCCAGAGAUGUGUGGAUCCCAGUACCUGGCAUGAUGUUAAGAAGACCCUUGCACAAGGCUCGGUGUCUGUUGUUGGUAUUGAGAGCGAUGAGGUGAAACGAGUCCUGCCUGCAUGA